ACAGAUAACGGCGUGAGUACGACGGUCACAUAGCAGAGCAUUCCUUUCUGAAAAUAUGCCCAGGUUUUGGAUGUUUUACGCGAUCGCUUUAGUCUGUGUGGUAAAAUGUUUUGCCGUAAAUGCCUCAUGUAAUCAUUGUCUUGAGGAUUCUGAUUGUUCCGACUUUUGCGAAAAUAAGUAUGAACAACCCAAAUGUGCGGACCAGGGUUAUUACGGAUCGAAUUUUCGAUGUUGUGUCUGCAAAGGCUUAGCGAAACGGCACAGACCAGACCCGUGUACUUCAAACCACGAUUGUGCGACACACCACUGCCACAGUAGUCACGAGGUACCCUACUGUGACCAUGCGCACAAUCAUUGCGAAUGUGCACACUGUUUGUCAGAUCAUGAUUGUCGAAGUACCCAGUGCCAUGCAGGGGAGGUUCCAUUCUGUAGAAGUCAUACCUGCGAAUGCCACAGACAUGUCUAUGGUAAUUGGCAGCCGUGGUCUACCUGGUCUAGUUGCACGAGCACCUGUGGGCAUGGUACGAUGACAAGAACACGUCACUGUGACACGGAACCGACCCACCCGUGUCAGGGUCAGUCUUCAGAGGAAUAUACCUGUAACAAUGCUCCAUGUGCUGUAUGGUCCAACUGGAGUGCAUGGAGCUCGUGUAGCCUCACGUGCGGGACAGGCACGCAGUCUAGAACACGCACCUGUUCCGGGUCCCACCCUUGUUCUGGAGACCCAACUGAGACGAGGUCUUGCAAAGACAGUGUUUGUAGUGCUGUGGACGGCGGCUGGACUAAUUGGAGUGAUUGGGGCUCCUGCAGCACCACGUGUGGAUAUGGACAAAAGAGGCGAUUUCGAAGUUGUUCCAAUCCUUCCCCUGAAUAUGGAGGUCUUGACUGCUCCGGGGAGAGCACUGAACUCAUGAAUUGUCUUGGUGGAAACUGCACUGCUGAUGGCGACUGGUCCAAAUGGAUGUCUUGGAGCACGUGCUCCAAUACUUGUGGAACAGGAUGGAAGAUCCGAUCCCGUGAAUGUAACAACCCUCCACCAUUUCUGGGAGGACAAACUUGCAAUGGGCUUGGCUACGCUGUUGAUUCUUGUACAGUUUCUGCAUGUGCCGUCGAUGGCGGCUGGGCGGAUUGGAUGGGCUGGUCCACCUGUUCUGAGUCAACCGUAAACGGUAUGCAAUUUAGGUAUCGAUCCUGCACCAAUCCCGGGCCUUCUCAUGGCGGAAUGAACUGCAAUGGAUCAUCCAUGGAAAUGACAAACUGUAGCCAUCCUCCAGCAAUUGAUGGUAGCUGGGGCCACUGGAGUUCUUGGGACACCUGUAGUGCCACGUGUGGGCCCGGAGUGCAGAUUCGAACACGAAAUUGUACACACCCAGCACCGCAAAACGGCGGACUCCCAUGCCCCGGAAGUGGGAUUGAAUCUAAAAACUGCAGUGCAACCAGUGUUUGCAUUGUUGACGGCGGAUGGUCGAACUGGAAUGCGUGGUCGCCUUGUUCAAGCCCCACCGGAGAUGGCUGGAGAAUCCGCGCGCGCACGUGCAGCAACCCGUCUCCAUUGAAUGGUGGACACGACUGCGUUGGAUUGUCAUUUAACUCUGUGGCGUGCUCAUUGACACCUACAUUUGAGGAUGGGGGUUGGAGCUCUUGGGAAGAAUGGUCAUCCUGCAGUGUAUCGUGUGGGGUCGGAGUGCAUAGUCGGUCACGUAGCUGUACGAACCCAGCGCCACUUGGCGGCGGAAAAGACUGCUCUGGAAACAGCAUAGAAUCAAGUACUUGUGAUGCAGGCAUCUGUGCAGUGGACGGUGGUUGGAAUCUAUGGACAGCAUGGACUCCCUGUAGCGUCACGUGUGGAUCCGGGGAACAAACACGUCAUAGAAAAUGUUCAAAUCCGGAACCGGUAUUUGGAGGGAAGCCGUGUUCAGGAGAAUCCACUGAAUCCAAAAAUUGUCAUCUUCGAUUUUGUAGUGUUGAUGGCGCUUGGUCCAGCUGGUUGUGGUCCUCGUGUUCGAGCACGUGUGGAUCAGGCUGGAGGAUUAGAGGACGCACCUGCACAAACCCUGCACCCCUGAACGGAGGAAAAUCUUGCAGUGGUCACAACCAUUUUCAAGAGUCGUGCUCUCUACAACCAUGUCCAGUGGAUGGAGGAUGGACGGACUGGCACGUGGUAAGCGGGUGUAGUGUGACUUGUGGAAGUGGACUACAGAAGCGUACGCGAACUUGCACUAAUCCACCACCGGCUUUUGGCGGGAAAUCGUGUUCAGGAAACGACACGGACCAUAUACCAUGCAUGCCAAAACAUUGCAGCGUUGAUGGGGAAUGGUCCAACUGGAAGUCAUGGUCGACUUGUUCAAACACCUGUGGUGAGGGAUAUAUGAUGCGGGUACGCUCGUGCAAUAACCCAUCCCCCGCAUACGGUGGAAAGGAAUGUCCUGACGCAUCGUAUACUCUUCAGUCAUGCAAUCUUAGACACUGUUCGGUGGAUGGUGAGUGGAACGCGUGGACCGGAUGGAGCGCGUGCAGUGUGACGUGUGGAAGUGGGAGGGAGACUCGCACCCGCCACUGUAACAAUCCUGCACCUGAAUAUGGCGGGAAAAUGUGUCCCGGAAAUACCACCGAAUCCAAAUCUUGUUAUCCCGCCUAUUGUAGUGUUGAUGGUGGGUGGAGCGUAUGGCAGACGUGGGGCCGUUGCAGUGUGACUUGUGGGAACGGAGUACGGAAUCGAGCCCGCUCUUGUAAUAACCCUGUACCCCAAUAUGGAGGGAACCAGUGUACCGGGGAUGCCACGGAGAUUCAUUUUUGCCAUGAAAGAUCUUGUCCCGUUGACGGUGCGUGGUCCAUUUGGUCGGGUUGGGGGUCGUGCUCUCGCACUUGUGGAGAUGGGACGAGGAUCCGCUCUCGUUCAUGCACCAAUCCGGCCCCUCUGCAUGGGGGACACUAUUGCUAUGGACAUUACCAGGAAUCUAUGCCUUGUUAUUUGAUGUCUUGUCCUGUGGAUGGGCAUUGGGCAAAUUGGAUGGCUUGGACAUCUUGCUCAAGCACGUGCGGAUACGGUGUAAAAACAAGAGCACACACGUGCACAAACCCAGCUCCCUCACAUGGCGGGAAGGACUGUGCAGGAUCGUCGUACGAGUCCCACCCUUGUCAAAUGACGGCCUGUUCGGUGGAUGGCCAAUGGGCUGAUUGGAUGGCCUGGACUUCUUGCUCAAGCACGUGUGGAGACAGUGUAAGAACAAGAGCACGCACGUGCUCAAACCCAGCUCCCUCACAGGGCGGGCAGGACUGUGCCGGAUCCUCGCAAGAGUCCCACUCGUGUCAUAUGGCGCCCUGUUCAGUUGACGGUGGGUGGUCCGCCUGGAUAGCCUGGUCUCCCUGUUCUUCGUCAUGUGGAAACGGCCAAAAAACACGCGCUCGCUCCUGUGUCAAUCCAGCGCCCUCUGCCGGAGGAAAAGACUGUGUGGGAAGUAUCUAUGAAAUGCAGCCAUGUUUUGGGACCGCGUGUUCCGUGGACGGUGGUUGGGGAGCAUGGGCGACUUGGAGUCAUUGUAGUAAGACCUGUGGAUCUGGAGUUGAAUCCCGAGCCCGAAGCUGUGAUAGCCCCACUCCGUCUGGUGGAGGACAGCCGUGUGCUGGAGAUACGACCGAAACGAGGACCUGCAAUUUAGGCAUAUGUGCCAUCGAUGGUCACUGGUCCGAUUGGAUGCGUUGGUCUCCAUGUUCUAGUACCUGUGGAAGCGGAAUGAAAACACGUGCACGUAUGUGUACGAAUCCGGCGCCAUCGCAGGGUGGAAAAGAUUGUGUGGGAAGUCCAUAUGAAAUGCAGCAGUGCUUUGAGAUUAUAUGUCCUGUUGAUGGAAAUUGGGGCGAUUGGUCGUCAUGGUCCCAAUGCUCGGCGUCAUGUGGGGGUGGAAACGAGGUCAGAUCACGUAACUGUAGUAACCCGGCGCCCUCCCAUGGAGGAAAACCCUGUGCUGGAGAUCCAACACAGUCACAGACAUGCGCAAACACAACAUGUCCUGUUGGCCCCGAGUGUCCAUCUUGCGAUGAGAAUUUGAACUGUCAGUGGGGAUCUGUGUGUGAUGUAUCUGAAACCUGUAUGAUUAGAUCAUUUCCCCAUUCGCCAUUCACUGUGCAUUGCUCAAAGAUACAAGACUGUGAGUUUGAAAAGUCUAAGUUACCAAAGGGCGAGAUAUUUUGCUGCUAUGACCUUGAUGGAGUGUGGAGUCAGUGGGGAUCCUGGUCGUCUUGCAGCGUCACGUGUGGACCAGGGCGCCAAACGCGUGCACGCUCUUGUACAAACCCAGCACCUGCACAUGGGGGUCUGUCCUGUAGUGGUAAUAGUUAUGAGGAGAGAAGUUGCAGUCAAGUUUCAUCUUGUCGGGUUGAUGGUGGAUGGUCAAAUUGGAUGGCCUGGUCUACCUGUUCAGUUACUUGUGGGGCAGGAAUGCAAACACGCGCUCGCAUGUGCAGCAACCCUGUUCCUAGCAACGGCGGAAGUUACUGUGUUGGGGACGUGUACCAGACACAGACGUGUGCCACAGCAGCUUGUGGAGGGCUAGCCUGUCCAACCUGUGACAACAAUCUUGUUUGUACCUUUAAUAACACUUGUGAUUCCUCGGAGACCUGCAUGAUCAGGUCCUACCAUGGCACGAGGUUCACCGUCCACUGCUCCAAGAAGGAGGAUUGUGCCUUUAUGAAGUCAAAUAUUCACGGAGAGAUAUAUUGCUGUGAUGACCACAGUUGUUUACAACGAUAUCUUGGAGUUGCAUAACUAAAUAAUUAAAGAGUCAUCUUAUGUCACUGUUGAUUUAUACUUA